ACCGUUCAACUUAGUUCGGAAUAGAAAUUUUGUUUAGAAGUACCAUACCGUAGCGAGCUCCACGUGAGAACUUGGAAGAAGUCUGCGGGUCCAGGGUCGAGGUUGUGAUUUAAGGCCCGUUGUGAGUGAUUCGCAAUCCUAAGAAUAACGGAGAGAAUGGGUUUCUCGACGUUUUGAAUUUGCCGCCACAGUGAGCAUGAGCUCGGACCAUUCACCACGGUCUAAACGGCUGGACAUCUCGGAGUUACGUUGCAGACGUCUUGAAAUCCGUUUUUCGAUAGAGUUAUAAAAAAACAGGGAUUUUCCUCGUACGUUGAGUCAUCGUAUAAAAGUGCGAAAUUCUCCUGGGUGACAGGUGGUUUGACGUUUGUCCGCCGCCAUCGUUGUUGGCGACAGAGGGUCCUGCCAUAUUGCGUGCGAUAUACAAGAUUGUUGAACAAUUAAUUUUAUUGCAAACAACACCGCCGCAUUCCAUGGAAAAGUGAAGCAUCUACGGAGCAACGCCAGUCCACGAAAGACAUUCUCGGCGGCAGGACACCUCUGAUCAAGUCUUUCGAGCUCGUAUCACCUAAAGGUACAAAAUGUCAACGGGACCUUAUAAUUAUUCAUACAUCUUCAAAUACAUCAUCAUAGGUGAUAUGGGAGUGGGCAAGUCAUGUCUGCUUCAUCAGUUUACAGAAAAGAAAUUUAUGGCAGAUUGUCCACAUACGAUUGGUGUUGAAUUUGGAACUAGAAUAAUUGAGGUAGCAGGACAGAAAAUAAAAUUACAAAUCUGGGACACUGCAGGACAAGAGCGUUUUAGAGCAGUAACUAGGUCGUACUAUAGAGGAGCAGCAGGAGCACUUAUGGUGUAUGAUAUUACACGUCGUUCAACUUACAAUCACCUAAGUAGCUGGCUAACAGAUACAAGGAGCCUGACAAACCCAAGCACUGUGAUAUUUUUGAUUGGAAAUAAAAGUGACUUAGAAGCUCAACGAGAUGUCACUUACGAAGAAGCAAAGCAGUUUGCUGACGAAAACGGAUUAAUGUUCGUAGAAGCCAGUGCAAAAACGGGACAUAAUGUCGAAGAAGCCUUUUUGGAGACUGCGAAAAAAAUAUUCCAAAGUAUACAAGAUGGCCGGCUGGAUCUAAAUGCCACGGAAUCUGGAGUACAACAUAACCCCAGUCAACCAGGUCGUACCAACUUACAAGCUAUCACGAACGAACAACAGGGAGGCAAAGAUGCUUGCUCCUGUUAGACCGUUGAUGUCUGUAUAUAAGUCCAUUAAUUCAUUAAUACUAAUUAUGCAUAUAUGAUUUACAUUAAAUAUAGCUAGUAAACCGUC